UCAGCAGUUGUCAUUGUAUUCCGCAGUUGAUUGUUUGUGCGAAGAAGAAAAUUUUGUUGUUUUCCUUUCUGGUGACUGCAAUUUUGCUUUUCGGAAUUGAAAUGACUGACAUAAGUCCAGCAAAUAAUGUUGCCGACAAAUUGGCCAGUCUGCAGAAGGAGGCAGAAUAUCUAAAAUCCAGAUUGGAAGAGGAACGACAAAAACUGAACGACGUUACGCUCUCAGCAGCGGCUGAUCGCAUCGAAAUGAUUACAUUCAUUAACAUCAAACCUCGACGUGUGCUAAAGGGACACACAGCCAAGGUUCUAUGCUCCGACUGGUCUCCCGACAAACGGCACAUCGUCUCGUCCAGUCAGGAUGGCAAAUUGAUCAUCUGGGAUGCAUUCACCACCAACAAAGAGCAUACGGUUACAAUGCCAACCACUUGGAUAAUGGCAUGCAGCUAUGCACCGUCGGGAAAUUUGGUUGCUUGUGGUGGUCUGGACAACAAGGUUACUGUGUAUCCGUCGAUCUGUGCGGAUGAAGAGAUGGCGUUGAAGAAGAAAACGGUCGGCACGCACACUAGCUACAUGUCGUGCUGUACGUUCCCGAAUUCGGAUCAACAAAUUCUGACCGGAAGUGGUGACGCUACCUGUGCGCUGUGGGACGUUGAGUCCGGUCAAUUGUUGCAAAGCUUUCACGGUCAUGUCGGAGACGUGAUGUCAAUUGACCUGGCACCGAAUGAAACGGGCAACACUUUUGUGUCUGGGAGCUGCGAUAAGAUGGCAUUCAUUUGGGAUAUGCGUUCGGGCAAUGUGGUUCAGUCGUUCGAGGGCAAUCUUUCGGACGUGAACAGCGUUAAAUUUCAUCCGAGCGGUGAUGCCAUCGCAACUGGAUCGGACGAUAGCACAUGCCGACUCUUUGAUGUUCGGGCUGACAAAGAAGUGGCUGUUUAUGCUAAGGACAGUAUCAUAUUCGGUGUGAAUUCGGUUGACUUUUCGGUCAGUGGACGAUUACUAUUCGCUGGCUACAAUGACUAUACGGUAAACAUUUGGGAUUCGUUGAAGCAGCAACGGAUCUGUUUGUUGUACGGCCAUGAGAACAAGGUGUCAUGUGUUCAGGUCUCUCCUGAUGGUACUGCUCUGUCUACCGGCAGUUGGGACUGCACUUUAAGAGUAUGGGCUUAAAGCACAUCACCAUUCAUCCCGUAUGGAAUUAGGAUUUUAGGGAAAAAUAUUUGAUCACCCAACAGACCGUUGUUGUUGGUGGUUUUAAAUGAAUUUAUUUAUUCGGGUGCGUGUAAUUGAAAGGUAAACCAGACGAGGUGUAAGGAGAUGCAGAAUGAAAACCAAAGUUUUAUCCAAACAAUAAUAAUUUAGCUUGUAAACUGUUCGACAAAUGAGAGAAUUACCAAAGAUUUUAUUUAAUUGUUGCCAGAUAAUAUUUUAUUGACGGGAGUGCACACACUCCCGUGUCUAGAUCUAUAAAUCGAUGUUUCCAAACCAAUAAAACUACGAAAAAGUAUUACUGAAAUAAAUGUCUAAAUCACA